GAUUCUGUUACUUUACACACUAACAUUACUGAAAUACACAACGUUGAUCUGGUGAUGUGGAUGUAUGGAGCUCAGAGAUCUAUUAUCGCUAAACUCAAUGGAAAGAGUCAGAUGAUUUCCUUUUAUGAUGUUGAUGACGGGAGAUUCGGAGACAGACUGCAGCUGGACAAUCAGACGGGAUCCCUGAGCAUCAGUGACAUCAGGACCAAACUCUCUGGAGACUAUCAGCUCAGGAUCAUCAGCAGCGAGACCUCGUACAAGACAUUCAGUCUGACUGUCCACGAUGUGUUUUUUGCUGGUUUAACAAACACGAAAGAGGGAGACUCCGUUACUCUCCACACUGGUGUUCAUGAAAUACAGAAACAUGAUGUGAUUCUGUGGAUGUUCGGACCGUUGAGUCCAGACACGUUUCUAGCUGAAAUCAACACAACACUCGGUCAGAUCUCAUAUAGUGAUGAUGUGAGACUGAGAGACCGAGUACGGCUGGAUGAUCAGUCUGGAUCUCUGACCAUCAGCAACAGCAGAAGCACAGAUACAGGGCUUUAUCAGCUGCAGAUCACCAACAGCAAAGAGACCUUCUACAAGAGAUACAAUGUGUUUGUCGAUGCUCCUGAACCAGGUCUGUCUUCAGGUGUUUUAGCACUGAUCUGUGUUUUUGUGCUGAUGAUUGUGGCUGCAGCGGGAAUCGCUGGAGUGUGUUACUCUCGCCGCAAGUAUUCUCGACUAAAGGGAACAGAUGAAAUGAAGACACAAGAAGUGUCAGAGGGAGACUCUGUCACUCUACACACUGGUAUAACUGAACCACAGAAAUAUGAUCAAAUACUCUGGAGUUUCGGACCUCGAGGCUCGGUCAUCGCUCAGAUUCCUGAAAGGACCAGUAAGACUUCAUUCAGGGAUGACGAGAGAUUCAGAGGCCGACUGCAGCUGGACAGUGAGACUGGAGAUCUGACCAUCAGAGACGUCAAGAUCACACAGUCAGGAGACUAUCAGCUAAAGCUAAUCAGAGCAAGACAGACCAAAUCCAGAAAAUUCAAGCUUAUUCUCUUUGUGGACUCGCUGCGAUUCUCGGAGGGAGAAAACGUCUCUCUAGACACCGGUGUAAGUGAACUACAGAGGGAUGAUCAGAUUCUCUGGACGUUUGGCUCUGAAGACACUGUUAUAGCUAAAAGAGAAAGAAACGCCAAUCAGACAGCAGAUGCUGAUGGGAGAUUCGGAGACAGACUGCAGAUGGAUGAUCAGACCAGUAUCACGAACACCAAAAGCACAGACUCCGGAGUUUAUCAUCUACACAUCAGCAGCAGAAAUAAAGUCUCAUACAAGAAGUUUAGAGUUACAGUGUGGUUGGACACAGUAAAAGUGAGAGCGGGAGACUCCGUCACUCUAAACACUGGAAUGACUGAACUAGAGGAGGACAGUAAGAUACUGUGGACACAUGGAGAUCACGAAACAUGCAUUGCUAAAAUCAACAGAGCCACCAAUAAGACAUCAUUGUAUCGUGGUAACGAUGUGAGAUUCAGAGACAGACUGCAGCUGGAUCACCGGACCGGAUCUCUGACCAUCUGGAACAUCAGCAUCACACAUUCAGAUGUCUAUAAACUACAGAUCAGCAGCCGCAGACGGAGCAAAUGCAAAAGAUUUGUGCUUAUUGUCGAUGAAAACAAAGUGUCAGUGACGGAGGGAGACCGAGCAGAACUAAACACUGAUGUCAGUGAGCUACAGAGAGACGCUCUGAUCCUGUGGAUGUUUGGCCCCAGAGACAGUCUCAUAGCUAAAGCUGACCUGGAGAACCGUAAGAUAUCUACAUAUGAUGGUGUUGGUGGACGAUUCAGAGACAGACUGCAGCUGGACCUUCAGACUGGAUCUCUGAGCAUCACAAGCACCACGAACACAGACUCUGGACUUUAUAAACUCAAGAUCAUCAGCAGCAGAGAGACCAGAUACAAGCGAUUCAGAGUUACUGUCUGUGAGGAUAGAGAGAGAGAGAUCCAUCCAGAAGACACUGUGGAGUCCUCUCAGAGAGAAAACACAGAGGAGAUAGCAUUGCUCAAGAUCUACAGCGGCACUAGUGUUUGAAAGAUAUAUAUAUAUAUAUAUAU